GAGAUCACUCCCGGCCCAGGCAGGCGGCCCCUACUGCUCUUGCUGGCGUCGCGCCAGCCUCCGCCUCUGCCCUCUUAGCCCGCGGAGUUCGCUGCAAGGCCUGCCUGGUCCGGCCGACUCGGGGCCCUGGCCGCCGCCCCUAACAGGCGGGGGAAGAACCCGGCCGGUUCCUCAGCGAGUUGCUGUCGCCGACCCUGGCAGGCUCAGGGCAGUUCCUGCUGAGAGGGAAGAUUCCCUUUGCCAAGGACACGCGGGGCCUUGCUCUCCCAUCCCCGCCGCCCCCCACUGACGCUCUGGGAUCUCGCCCUGCAGCACAGAUGCCCUUCCCAUUGCUCAUCCUGGGCCUGCUGGUGCUCGCUCCAGCCGCAUCCAGUCUGGGAAGGAGCAGAGGGCAGGUGAAGAGCCUCUGGAGCUAUCCCCCUCCCUCCCAGCCUGGAAAGGGGAGAGAGGACCAUUCUGCAGCUUUGGGGAUGGAGACCCCCAGGAGGAGCAGAGGCUCAGUGAAUAUCCGGGUCCCCGAUGACCCUGUGAUCGCCCUCUUUGGUCGGGAUGCCAUCCUCCACUGCUCUUUCUCGCCUGAUGCCAACUUCAGCCUCGCCGAGCUCAGCCUCAUCUGGCAGCUGACGGACACCAAGCGGUUGGUGCACAGCUUUGCCAGCGGGCAGGACCAGCUGGCCGACCAGGGCAGCGGCUAUGUCAACCGCACAGCCCUAUUCUACGAGGAGCUGCCCCGGGGCAAUGUCUCGCUGCUGCUGCGGCGGGUGCAAAUCUCCGAUGAGGGCAGCUUCACCUGCUUUGUCCGGGUCCAUAGCUACAGCAGCGCGGCGGUGACGCUGCAGGUGGCCGCUUUGUAUUCGAAGCCCAACUUGAACCUGGAGCCCAGCAAGAACCUGAAGCCAGGGGACCUGGUGAUGGUGACCUGCCACACCUUCCACGGCUACCCUGCGGCUACGGUACUCUGGCAGGAUGGCCAGGGAAACAACAUCACGGAGAACGUCACCACCUCCCAGGUGGCCAAUGAGGAAGGGCUCUUUGAUGUGCAGAGCAUCCUCCGUGUGGUGCUGGAGCCCAACAGCACCUACUCCUGCCUGGUGCAGAACCCCGUGCUGCAGCAGGAGACUCAUGCCUCCGUUACCAUCACUGGGCAGCACCUCAGCUUCCCUGCUGUGGCUCUUUGGGUGACUGUGGGACUUGCUAUCUGCAUCUUGGGGCUGCUGGGCGCCCUGGCUUACGUGUGCCGGAAGAAAAUUCGCCAGAGCUGCAAGGAAGAGGAAGAAAAUACAGGGAUGGAGGAGCAGAGUGAGGAUGGUGGAGAACCCAAGACAGCUUUGCAGCCUCUGAAGAGCAUAGAGAACAAAGAAGGCAAUGAACAAGAAAUUGACUGACAGGAAGUGGAAGAGACACACAAACGAAGCCCCAUGCCACAGACUAGCAGACUGUCCUCUCGGACCAUUGUAGCCUUCUGGGGGAUGUCCUAUAGGAGACACUGAACAUCCCAUCCCCUGUGUCACCAUUGCUGCAUACCCUGGCCAUGAAGGACAGCAGCUUCAGCCUGUUUGCUCUGUUUGCUUCACCGUAACCAUCUUUCCCCCUCCCCCACCCAACACACAUACAGGGUAGAUGCGAUUUUGUCACUAUGUAGCGCUUGCUUCCUCACGGGGAUGGAUACACUUUAUUCCCAGGAGUUCUUGUCUUCCUGGCCCGUGCAGCCCAAAGGGGCCUGAUCUCCAUUGUCCUGCACCUUGGGUGCUGACUUCCACCAGUGCAAAGUGGGUGCAUAGUGCUCCCAGUGGUGACCAUUUGCACUCACACUGCCCCGGUGGAAAUGACUGCCCAAGAUGCAGGGCAGUGGAGAGUUGAGCCCAGUAUGUGAAGGGCUCCUUCCUGUAAGGUGAUUAACUUAGAGAUCAGUGGGGUUACUCCUGCAUUUAAAAUUAAGCACAUGCUAAAGUGCUCUGCUGGAUGGGUUGGAAGGCUCGGUCCCUUGUGAGAUUGAACUCUCCCUGCACAGGAGGUGCAGCCAGCAGGAUCUGAGCAACCAGGAGGGAUGCAGUGGGGACUCUUGUCCUAUGCCAAACAAGUGUGUAGUCAGGUGACGUGGGUGAUGAGCUCUCCCCUCCCCCCCUGCAAUUUUAUCGAUGGUUAAGGGGGUGUUUGGUUAUCAGUGCCCCAAUACAGCACCAGCUCUUGGUGUCUUGGCCCUUAUAGCAUGUAACUAACACGAGAGCCGGCCCUACGGCUCCAUGGAUGUCCCUCUUCCCCACUCCCAGCCAUCCUUCCCCCACUCUCACCACAGAUCAGGCUCCAGCUUAUUCCCAAACCCUAAAUUCAGCCGCUAAAGGGGGCGGGCAGGGGAAGGGAUCGGACCAGUUGUCUGUCUUUCAGAAGAUCCUAAAGGCAGAGGCUCUGAGUGUCCUUGUGCCCUCCUGUCUGCUUUUCCUCUCCUGCACCUGGUGCCUGAGGCCCAACCACAACCACUCUCCUCCACUCAACCAAGGGGAGCCUGCUGAUCAUUGGACUAUCCUCCCCACAAGAUGCCUUCAUGGACAAGGUUCAACAACCUCCAAGCAGCAGGCCUAUGGAGGUAAACAAUGGGCCCAAGAAGGUCUUUGAAGCUCCUUGGAGAUGGACAGUGGGUCCAGGUGACUGUAGAGAUGGAGAAUGGCCUAGUGCCGUUGUAGAGGCUCCAUGGGGAUGGAGCUCAUAGACUUGAGUGGAAGUGGUCCAUGGUCUUGGUCUUGGUCCUGGCUAUGGCAGAGGCACAGUUCCAGAGGGCAUCUUGUUGAUAUCUUUAACGUUGUACCACUGUCAUCAGCAUGUGUCUUUUGCCAUAAGCCCCUGGAGCCAGAUCUGUCCCUGGCUUAAUUCCAUUGAGGUUGGUGGAGUUACCCCAGGGGUGGGUUUGGCCCAGAAGAUUUUGUUGGGGCAGGAG